AUUGUAAACGUUUGGAAAAUUGUAGGAUAAAAUAUGGUUUCAAGUCCACAAAAUGUUAUUGCACAGCGUAGUAGUUCGGUGCUGAAUCAUAGAUAUCGAUAUCAGUUACUGGCUGCCAUAACAACCUGUUCCCCAAACUCUUUUUAGUUCAAAUGUUAACCUUUGCCCAUGGCAUAGCAACUGGUUGGAUCUCACCCACCCUACACAUACUACAAUCGGAAAAUUCACCCACAAAUUUUGUUGUCUCCGUUGAACAAGCCUCCUGGAUUGGUUCGCUAUUCGGUUUGGGCUCUUUGUCGGGAAAUAUAAUAUUUGGUUUACUCUUAAAUCGUAUAGGACGAAAAUGGUGCAUGUAUUUAAUUGCUUUGCCAUUUGUGAGUGCCUGGAUCUUAAUAUACUUCUCGAAAACUUAUAUUUAUCUAUAUGUGGCCAGAUUUUUAAGUGGCAUGACGGGUGGUGGUAAUUAUGUGGUUGUACCGAUAUUUAUUAGUGAAAUUGCUGAUCCAAGCAUACGUGGGGCCUUAUCAUCAAUGGCGAUGUUAUUUUUAAGCUUUGGCAUUAUGACGGGUUUUGUGUUUUCGUCACAGUUAGAUUAUUAUCUAAAUCCCUGUAUUAUUCUCAUAUUCCCCGCCAUAUAUUUAAUAGCUGUCACACAGUUUCCGGAAACACCACAAUUUUUACUGCGAAAACAAAAAAUAGAUAAGGCACUUGAAUCUUUCAAAUUUUAUAAGAAUAUACCCAAACAGCAGAAUAUUGAGGCAACAACAGCCAAACAGCAGGAGGUAGAAGAGAAUUCUGAAUUUGAGGAACUAAAGCAAAAUGUUCUGUCUAGUAAUGGUCAAACACAGAAAUUGGAAUUUAAAGAUUUUGUUUGCAAAGAUUCCCUUAAGGCCUUUUUCACGGCCUUUAUGUUAAUGGCCUUAAAUCAGUUUUCGGGGGCUUUUGCUUUCUUCAACUAUAUGUCGGAUAUAUUUGCCCAAACCGGUACCGAUAUUCAUCCCAAUACCUGUACUAUUGUCAUGGGUGUGGCUCAAAUAACGGGCACCUGUUUCACCAUGAUUUUGGUCGAUCGUUUUGGUCGUAAAAUGUUAAUGCUCGUGUCAUCCGGUGGCAUGGCUGUGGGUCUUAUAAGUUUUGGUUUUUACAUCAAAUACACUUCUGCUGAACUAAAGCUGCAAUACAAUUGGUUACCUUUAGUUAUCAUGAUCUGUAUUAUAUUAAUUGCCAGUAUUGGUGUUAUAGCUUUAUUAUUUACUGUUAUCGUCGAAAUUUUACCCACUAAGAUACGUGCCCCUGCCACUUCUAUGUGUAUGGCCUCUUUGAGUUCUAUGGUUUUUGUGGCCUUGAAAAUAUUUCCAGUUUUAAUGCAAAAUUACGGUUUAGCCACUGUUCUAUUCUCCUGUGGAGGCGUCUGUGUGGUGGGUUGGUUUUAUCUUCUUUUCUGUCUGAAAGAAACUAAAGGCAAAUCUAUGGAUAAAUAGUGGAUUUUUUUAAGAGAACAGACUUCAAAUAUUUUUAAUAACUUGCGACAUUUAUCGUUUAAACGAAUGACUAGAUUAUUAAUUUUAUGUUUUUAUACUAUUUUUAAUGUUACUCAAAUAAAGACUU